UAGCAGCUUCAUAGCUUCAUCUGAGAAGAAGUUGAGCACAGAGGAGCUCCAGAACUUCAAGGAUUCGCCUUCAGGGCGUCCUACAUUCUCCUUCUUACACACACACACACACCGCAGGAGAAGGACGGAGGCUCUUGUAGGAAAAGCCGGGUGAUUGUAUCAUUUCUUGCAGUGUUGUUUUUUCUUUCCUCUCCCAUGAUGAGUGGAGCGACGUACGACAGGAAGCUAUCCGGCAUUUCCUCUGAUCUCUCCGGCUCCAUGAGCUGCCACCCGGGCUGCAAGGACUCUCCUACUCUGCCCGAGUCCUCAGCCACGGACAUGGGCUACUACACAGCCCACCAGGGUCAUCAUGACUACUACCCUGGCCAGGCGUACGCGCAGGCGCAGCACACCUCCUACCACCAGUUUAACGUGUGCGCUAUGAGCAGCGCGGCUCCGUACGGCGCCAAGGCCGAGUACCCCUACAGCCACCAGUACCGCCACCAGUACAGCCAGUACACCAGAGACGGACACACACCGCCCCAAAUCGCAGUGAAAGAGGAGCCGGAGACUGAAGUGCGGAUGGUGAACGGAAAACCCAAGAAAGUGCGCAAACCACGUACCAUCUAUUCCAGCUUCCAGCUCGCAGCGCUGCAGCGGCGCUUCCAAAAGGCGCAAUACCUCGCGCUCCCGGAGAGAGCGGAACUCGCUGCACAGCUCGGCUUAACUCAGACUCAGGUGAAAAUAUGGUUCCAGAACCGACGGUCCAAGUUCAAGAAGCUGUACAAGAACGGCGAGAUCCCUCUGGAUCACAGUCCCAACGCCAGCGACUCCAUGUCCUGUAACUCCCCGCCCUCGCCCGCGCUCUGGGACACCGGCGCGCACGCGAACCCAGUGAUCCGCGGUCACGUGACGCCGGUCGCGCUCAGCUCGUCCACGACGCCGCCCUACCCGGAAGACUACAGCGGCGCGUGGUACCAGCAGCACGCCGGGGCCCCGCAAAGCGUCUACUGAGCACCAGCACACAGACUUUCACUGCAAGAGUUUAAUAUAAAAACAAAUCAAGGGACUCGACUUUAUUUUUGCAAUCUUUCUAGGCCUAUAGGCUACACGAGCACACAGGAUGUUCAUACAAAGAUAAGCUGGAAAAGAGACAACAACAACAACAACAACAAGAAGCAACGCGUGCUGAAAACACUUGAUCGUUUUUUUUCUCUGAAAAACAGUGACUGAUUAACAGUUUGAUCAGCCUGAGAGAGAAGAGACGAAAAGACAUUGUGUUGCAGCAAUAUUUCACUCUAUGCAGAUCCUAGGCCUAAAGUUAUAUGGUGUGGUUUUUAAAUUAUUUUACUUACUCAAUCCCUUAUUCAUAUUGAUGUUUACGGAUAGCAAUGUUCAAAUAAACUAUUUUGUUUUUGUUUACAUAAGAAAAAUAGCUACAAAACAGUAGUCCCCCUACCACAAUGUCACACCGCUUCAGAGACUCAGGACAUAGACUAAGUUAUAUCAAUUUGUACAAAAUGUAACUUGUGUAUAUAUAGUAUAUAUAUAAUGUGUGUGUGUGUGUGUGUGUGUGUGUGUGUGUGAGAGAGAGAGAGAGAGAGUGUGUUUAGAUAAAACGAAACCACUAAACAAUAUUGUUUAUAAGCCCUUGCGUUUUAUAGAGGAAUCUCGUGCUUUUAUUGUAAUGUUGUUCCAUGAAUAAAUGCAAAUCUGAACACAUGUAAA